AUGGAGCAUACUGGCCAAGGUGGUGCUGUUCGACGACGGAGAAGACCUGCCGUCUCCUGCAUCACUUGCAGAAAACGUAAAAUCCGCUGUGAUCGGAAGGCGCCAUGUGGAAACUGCCUCAAGUCGAAAGGCUCCAGUUGCUCUUACCGUGACCCUCCCCUCUCUCCUCCAAAGGCCACCACUCCCAGAAGUGCAACCUCGCUGCCAAAUGACUGUGUCGACGAUGAGAACGCCGAACUCGAUGUGGCCAGCUGUUUCUCCAUCACUACUCCUCCAACGCCACCAUCUCUUGUUAACACGACUAAUUUGGGCAUCGCUGGCACAUUUCACAUUCACCAUGAGUCCCGGCAGGGACAACCGAACGUCGGUGCCUUCAGCAUAGCACACAAGACCCGCUACUUCGGCCAGAGCCACUGGGUCAACAGCAUUACCCUGGUUCGAGACUUAUUUGCGAUCCUUGAGCCACACUUCCGCAACAAUUCUUCUCCUAUCGUCGGGUGCAUGCUGGAAUGCAAAGGUCUGGCAAAGACAUUGAAGUCUCGAGUGCUCCCUUGUUGGCCGUAUGAACCACUCUUCGACGUUCCGCCAGACCACGACGAUCUGUUACGGAACUACAUCUCAACAUCAGAAAGCAUCUUUCGUGUGAUGCAUAUUCCCUCUUUCACUCGAGAUUUCCAUGCUCUCUGCACAUCGCCAACUCCGCCGACUAAUGCGGCCUUCAUUGUUCAAGCCAAGCUUGUCUGUGCCAUAGGUGCGACUAAUACUGACACGGUAUUGCGACAAGAAGCCACACAAUGGGUACAAGAUGCACAAACAUGGCUCUCCAAGCCGGACUUCAAGCAUCAACUUUCCCUUCAACAUCUUCAAUCCCAUAUUCUGUUGCUUCUCGCCCGCAAAGCUGUCGGUGUAGCGGAAGACAUGAUUUGGAUCUCGGUUGGCUCGCUCCUCCGCACAGCCAUGUACAUGGGCCUGCACCGCGAUGGUGUCAUUGGAACAUCCCCUAAUACAAACCUGUUCACAUCAGAAAUGCGCCGCAGGAUCUGGAACACUAUCCUCGAGCUAUCUGUCCAGUCCAGCCUGAACUCUGGAGGUCCUCCCUUGAUAUCUCUCCAAGACUUUGACACAAAGCCUCCAUCCAACUUGAAUGAUGAGGACUUGCAUUUGGACCAAGCAAUCCCCAAAGCAGACGGAGUAUUUACCUCUACAGCAAUUUCCCUCGCCCUUCGAAAGACACUCCCAGUACGCCUCGCCAUUGUCAAAUUUCUCAAUGAUUGGUCUUCACCAGGCGAUUACCCAACCGCUUUGAAGCUUGAUUCUGAUUUCAGAGCAGCAUACACACUUCUGGCCAAGUUCCUAUCGCACGUUUCUCACUCCAGCAAUGCGCCACUCACAAACGUGAACCGCGAAGCUGUCGUGAACCACAUCAAUCUCCUGCUUAGACGCUACCUUCUCGCCCUCCAUCUACCUUUCUUUCUCCCCUCUCUAUCCAGACCAGAGUUUGCUUUUUCCCGGGUGGUUGUAGUAGAUACAGCACACCGUAUCUGGCGAGGUGUCUUUUCUACUUCAGAUAUUGGCGCAAGCAAUGUCGCCAAAUCAUCCGCUUGUUUUCGGACCGUUUCCAUGCAAGUUAUCAUCGUUCUGUCAACUCAUCUUCGAGCGCAAGCUGCCGACCCAAUUUCCGGGGGCUUGGUUAGAGAAGACUUGGUGGCGAUACUUGAGGAGGCAAAACAGUGGACGUGGAGGUGUAUUGAAGGAAGAGAGACGAAUGUUAAGGGGUAUCUGUUCGCUUGUUUCGUGAAGGCUAAUGUGGAUGCUAUGAGGGAAGGCUUGACCGAGCCUGAGGUGGUGAAAAUGAGUCUUGAGGCGGCAGAAGAGGCUAUUCGCAAGGCCCGAGAGGUAUUGAAAGAACGAUUGCGAUCCUUGACGAACAUGGAGCCAUCGUGCGGGCCCGCAACGGUGUUGGGGAAUCAAGGUGAGACUGUUGAUAUAUGUGACGGUAACAAUGAAUGGGAGCAGCCUCAACAGACCUUUGACUUUUUCGGGGGCAGUGAUGAUUUACAAGGUGGAACGGGGAUGAUGUUGGCGGAUGGGGAUAAUUGGUUUCUAGAUUUUGGAAACGGGCUUCUUGUUUGA